AUGUUGUCGCAAACUCCUGACGUCAACACUCUGUUGCACAACAUGCAUGCACAGAUUUUGGCGUUAACCACGCAACUCGCUGAGCUACAGGCAAACCCCACUGCAGCAGCACCCUCAGUUGAGAAGAAAUUUAACAAGAAAGUUGAAAACGUCGCUGACCCCGGCACUUUUGAAGGAGACAGAGCACAAUUUGCUGAAUGGUGGAUCAAACUGCAAAUUUGGGUCGAAGCAAAUUGGGAUGUGUUUGCUGACGACUUUGAGGUAGCAACUGCGGUGCUAUCUCCACUAAAAGGACCUGUGGCGAGUCAAUAUGCCCAAAUUAGAUUACAGGAGUGCUACACAGCGGGAGUGUGGCCCACCUGGGACAAUCUCAAGAUAGAGAUUGAAAAAUAUUUCAAACCUCAAGCUGAGCGUGACUGGGCGCGUCAGCAAAUCCAUACCUUCAAGCAAGGGAACAUGAGGACAGAUGAUUUCGUAACCCGGUUCCUGGCCCUCUCUAUCCAAGGGGGUCUAGGUAAUGAACAUGCAGUGGAGCUGCUGGAAUGCAAUGUAAACCCCCACAUUGCAGAACAGCUCUACAUAUAG